CACUUCAAGCAAAAACCCGGCAAGUCACAAUGGUCAAGAUCUACAAGCCCGGAAAAGUUGCCGUUGUCCUUUCUGGCCGACAGGCCGGUAAGAAGGUUGUUGUCAUCAAGCAGCAGGAUGACGGAACCAAGGACCGACCUUACCCCCACGCCGUCGUUGCCGGUAUUGAGAGGUACCCCCUCAAGGUCUCCAAGAACAUGGGCAAGAAGCGAAUUGCGCGACGAUCCAAGGUUAAGCCUUUUAUCAAGGUUAUCAACUACGCCCACCUCCUCCCCACCCGAUACCAGCUCGAGCUCGAGUCCCUCAAGGGCUCCGUCACCGCCGAGACCUUCAAGGAGCCCACCCAGAGGGAGGACUCCAAGAAGGCCAUCAAGAAGGCUCUUGAGGAGAGGUACCAGAAGGGUCAGAACAGGUGGUGUAAGUGUAUCGUCUUGUCGAUCUCAAAUGCAAGCUGACAUUGCCACAGUCUUCUCCAAGUUGCGAUUCUAAGCAACUCGGUGGAUUUGCGGAGGGUGUUGGGAUUUGGUGUAUCUAGGUCGCUAGCAUGCCGAUCGACUACAUUGCAUGACUACCAAGAAUUGUCUGGUUCGGGUUGCAAGGUUGCAGGUGCGCAGGUGCAGAAACUUUUUGGAAUGGCCAAUCUUUUGGGCUCGACGCGUGAUCAAUUUUGGUGCAAGGUGUCGACCGGGAAUCAUCAAGUUCAAUUAUCAAGUUCAAUCAUCACUACACCACAUCACCGCUCUCACUCUAAGGGCACGCAACAGUUUCCGUCCCCGAACCGCUCAAGUCGUUGAAUUUGCAGAUCAAGAUGACUCCUGCAAUGCUGCAGCUACUUACCACUUCAUUCGAGAUACCUAGCCGUGCGGUCCUUGGUCAACUCUCGGUGCUUGUUUUC